AUGGCGACGAGGGAGAGGGGCCUCGAGGAUGGAUGCCUUGCGGUGACAUUUGAGAGGAAAUACUACCACCGGGGAGGUGCUUUCAUCAAGAGGAAUCUACGACCGAGGGAAUAUCGAAUCGGCUAUCGGGGUCUCCACAUACCCCGACUUGGGAAGGAACGACUUAUAAACGAAGCAGAGGCACUUCGCUACAUCCGCCAGAACACCGAUAUUCCAGUCCCAGAAGUGUACUGUGACUUCGAGGACGACCAAGCGUACUAUGUGAUUACAGAGUACAUCGAGGGUGAAGACAUGGCAUCACUCUCCGUUGAGCAGAAGGCUAUUGUGGCGAGGGAGCUCUCAGUCCACCUAGCGAAGCUCCAGACGCUUCGGUCUAACCGGAUGGGUGGGCCAUCGGGCAUUGUUAUCCCCCCAUACCGCGUCAUGAGACGAACAGCAAUAGAUUACUGGCGGCUCCAAGUCUCCAACUCCGUCGAUGAGUACGUCUUCUGCCACAACGACCUAUCCCAACACAACGUCAUUGUCGACCCCGACACACUCAAGAUCAAGGCAAUCAUCGACUGGGAAUACGCCGGAUUCUACCCAGCCUAUUUUGAAAUGCCAUUCUACACAAGACCCGGCCCUUCGAUUGCCAUCGACGGCGAGGUAGAUGACUCGGAAAGGUUGCUGGAUUUCCUCAUGUCGAAAACCGACAGGGCUGCCUGGAUGUCUCCUGGGUGGUGA